AUGGACAGCAAACUCAAUUUCAAACCUAAGAAGAAUAAAAAACUAAGCAGUGAAAAAUUUAUAGAGAGACAAAGACCCCUAGAUCACAUAGAUUCGAAAAUAAAGACAAUAAGGGAUAGCCAGGGGAGUGUUUCCUCAGGGUCCAGUGAAUUAUGUAUCGUUGCAAAAUCUGAAGUGUUUACCAUUCCUCAAGAACACGGACGUACUAAAGCAAAACUAUAUGCACAAGCCAUAAUAUCUCCUACUCGAUCGAUUGUUGAUGUAACUGGUUCUAUCUCUCUUACUUCUAUAUCAUCUUCUAUCACCAGAUUACGCUUGGACUUUGAUGAGUUCAAAUGUAAAAUGAAAAUAUUUGGUGAAUCGCUGAAUCUUUGCAAAUGUAUUGCAAGCGAUUUCAAGAACAAGAUGAAAUGGAUGGAAAAGAGACUGGAUAACUUAGAGAAGAGACACAAAUUGACGAAGGUAAGAAUCCUGGUGAAGAAGAAUUAUUAA